GGGGGGGGGGGGUGAUGUGUGGCGUGUGAGCGUGUGGCUACGUGUUAUCCCGUCUGGGCAGUGGUGGCUUAAUAGUUAACGAAGCUCACUUGUAAUUGAAAGAUUGCAGGUUCAAAUCCCCGACCAGCAAGGCAGUACCGAGGUACCCUGAGCAAGGUACCGCCCCCAAGAUACCGCCCCCAAGCACUGCUCCCCGGGCGCUGAAUUAGCUGCCCCCUGCUACGUCACAUUGUCACAUAUGUGUUAAAUGCAGAGAGUACAUUUCGUUGUUGUGCACUGUGUGCUGUGGUGUGUCAACAAUGACCACUGAUCACUAAAUUCUACAUCCCAGUAGGUCCGUCUGCCUUUGUGUAAAGCCUUCAGAUGUGUCUUGAUCUGUACAAGUUCCAGCAGGUCUGUUUAAAUUUUGUUGUGCUCUGAGUUGCUGCUUGAUUUAUAUCAACCGACCCGUUUCAGGUCCGAAUUGAUAGAGUAGAAUGUGUCUCGACCCAUGCAAGUUUUAGCAGGAACGGUCGAUUUCCAAGGUUGUACUGUAUGGCUCGACGUAUUAGGUCUCUGUGCUUGUGAUCGGAAGGUUGCUGGUUUGAGUCCCAUCCUUGGCAGAAUAGUCACAGCUCCCAUAGGUCUUUCAGCACGGGCCCUAACCCCUGAACGACUCCAAGGGUGAACUUGUACUCACACCCUAAGGUUCACCCUAACCUGUGCAGAUGUGAAAGUCUCAAAAUAACAAGACAGGAAGUGUUAUUAUGUAUGUUGCCUCUGCAGAUCCACCUACUCAGAGCUGCCAAGGUUGUAGUCUAUGCCUGGCAGCUCGGGCAUUUGAAGUGUUGCCCACGCAGAUUUCAAAGGGACCUCUGGACUCGAUAGAGGAGGGAGACUCUGUUCUGAGACUUUCGCUGACAGUCUAAAGGGACUCGCACUGCUCUUUGGACUAUAGUAAGGCAUGUGCGUGCGUGGUGUGUCUGAAGGCUGAGCGCAUCCAGAAGGCUGUCAGGUCUCCUCAAACAAGUCACAUCCAACUCUAGCUGGAAAUUAAAUGUCCGACGUAGCUUCCUGGCUCUGCCCUGGUGCUGCUGAGGUGUAAAGGAAGAAAUGGGCUACAGCACGGGGACUGCACGCUAAGCGCUAAUGCUAGUGACCAGCCCUGCCUGUGGCAUUCAGGAUCCCUGAGUUGAUUCCGCUCGAUCCCUGCUGAGGUGGGGGGCCUAACCCUAACCCUGUCCUCCUGUAAAACUCGCGUCGGCACGACAUAACUGCAGGACGGCCCCCCACCUUUCCCAAUGUGUAAAGCUCUCCCUCUCCUUCAGGGGGCAUCAGUGAGCAGCAGCUUGGUCGAGAGCUGGCACUUCCACCAUUGCCCGGAGUGGCUUUUCCGUCGUAGAUUGUUUUCCGUGGGCAGGAAUGGUUGGGCCUUCAUUCCUCUAAGCCUCAGCAGGCCAUUUUUUUCCGGAACGUGCCUUUGCAUCUGUCCAGAUUGACCGGCGGGCUGGUGAGUGCGUCUGCAUUUGUCCACUCUGCGGCUGGGGUGACAGGAGACGGAGCCGGGAGCGUUCUGGCCCAAAGCCAGGAUGACGAGGAGUCAUUAGCAGCCUGCUGGUCACGCCGGGAGAGUGAGUGUGCAUAACCACACGGUUUAAGUAGCCAUGGAUAUUCACGUUCAUGUCUGCUCUCCUGCCAGGGGCAUAGCAAGGCAGGGGUGGUCCUGGGGGGCUCCAGGGUGAGCCAGUGCCCUUGUGACAACAUGCAUGCCCCCCUGGUGGGCCCAAUAAAUGAAUAUUCUAGUUGGGUCUGAAAUAUAUUAUUAUUACUAUUAUUAUUAUUAUUAUUAUUUACAUUUAUAUAUGUGGGCUGAAAUUCUGUGUGUUGGCAACAGGCGAAACACAUCCAUCCAUCCAUCCAUUUUCCAAACCGCUUAUCCUACUGGGUCGCGGGGGGUCCGGAGCCUAUCCCGGAAGCAAUGGGCACGAGGCAGGGAACAACCCAGGAUGGGGGGCCAGCCCAUCGCAGGGCACACUCACACACCAUUCACUCACACAUGUACUCCUAUGGGCAGUUUAGCAACUCCAAUUAGCCUCAGCAUGUUUUUGGACUGUGGGGGGAAACCGGAGUACCCGGAGGAAACCCCACGUCGACACGGGGAGAACAUGCAAACUCCACACACAUGUAACCCAGGCGGAGACUCGAACCUGGGCAGGCGAAACACACACAUAAUUAAAUGUUCUUGACAGACUCUUAAGGUGGGUACGCUGGGUGGUCGAGCCGCUUCAGCCGGUGAACGUCAAAAUUUAUGACGAAGCAUGACAGUCUAAACAAGAAAUCGAAAUGAGCUACAUAUUUGUAAAAAAUUUACAAAUGUGACUGCAAAGAAUUGCAUAAAUAACUUAUCAGUUCUCUAAAUUUUCUUUUGCUUUUUAAUGCUAACAAUCAAGUGUAAGUAAUACUUGGAGGAUGUUAAGGUCAAAUGCAUCUGCCCCCCCUAACAGAGCAACUUGCCCCAGUCGGGCCACGCAGUUGAAAUGAUCUAGACUCACCACUAAAGUGAGGGGCGGGGGAGCCCUGCUGCCGGGGCUGUGGGUGUGUGUGUGUGUGUGUGUGUGUGUGUGUGUGUGGGUGUGUGUGUGUGUGUGUGUGUGUGUGUGUGUGUGUGUGUGUGUGUGUGGGUGGGUGUGUGUGUGUGUGUGUGUGUGGGUGUGCUUAGCGUGAGGAGGGAGGUUUGGGGUGGGGAGACUGCGUGCAGCGACAUGGCCAGCGCCCCAGGGAGGAAUGUGGAAGUGGAGCUGCUGGGGAUUACAGGGACCCCCCCCCAUGCAGGCGUUCCAGACCCAGAUCCAGUGGACAGUGCUUGACCCCAGUGACUGGCCAGGCUGGACCUCGUCUCUGAGACCUGAACAUCCCACCUUCUGCUCGAGAGCCCAGAGACAGUCGAAGAGACACUGGUAAGAGGUACACAGGAUGGGUAAUCUGAUUAAGGUGUUAACCAGGGAUAUAGACCAGAAUGCUGGGAAUUUUUUCCUGGAUUUUGAAAACGCACAACCCACAGAAGCCGAGCGGGAGAUAUGGAACCAAGUGAAUGUGGUCCUCAAGGAGGCUCGUGGCAUUCUGGACGACCUGCAGGCAUACCAUGGUGCAGGGGAAGCCAUCCGGGAGGCUAUCCAGAACCCCAGUAAUGAGAAGCUACAGGAGAAAGCAUGGGCCGCAGUGGUUCCUCUGGUGGGAAAGCUGAAGAAAUUCUAUGAGUUCUCGCUCCGGUUAGAGGCAGCACUGCACAGCCUCCUGGGGGCGCUCACCAGCACGCGCUACACGCCAACGCAGCAUUUGGAGCGGGAGCAGGCGCUGGCCAAGCAGUUUGCAGAGAUCCUGCACUUCACACUGCGUUUUGAUGAGCUCAAGAUGACAAACCCAGCCAUCCAGAAUGACUUCAGCUACUACCGAAGAACUUUAAAUCGCAUGCGGAUCAAUAACGUUCCGGCUGAGGGAGAAAAUGAGGUCAACAACGAGCUGGCCAAUCGGAUGUCUCUCUUCUAUGCGGAGGCCACGCCCAUGCUGAAGACGUUAAGUGAUGCCACAACAAAAUUUGUCUCAGAGAACAAGAACCUGCCCAUAGAAAACACCACAGACUGCUUGAGCACCAUGGCCAGUGUGUGCAAAAUCAUGCUGGAGACGCCCGAAUAUCGCAGCCGCUUCGCCAGCGAGGAGACCGCCUCCUUCUGUCUGCGUGUCAUGGUGGGGGUCAUCAUUCUCUACGACUUUGUUCACCCUGUCGGCGCCUUCGCCAAGGGCUCCAAGAUCGACAUGCGAGGAUGCAUUAAAGUGCUGCGCGACCAGCCCCGGAACAGCGUGGAAGGCCUUCUGAACGCGCUCAGGUACACCACAAAGCACCUGAACGACGAAUCUACCUCCAAGAGCAUCAAAGCCAUGCUUCAGUAGAGCCUCCGGAAGCUUCUGGGAGACAGUAUUGUCAAGCAGCGAGCAGAAUGUCUUCAGAAAAGUUUGACAUCCAUACAGAGUGGCUCCACCCGUUUAUAACGAAAACGUUUCUGCUAAACUCAGUCUUUUCUGUGCCAAAAUUUUAACUAGAGAGCUGGAGAUUUUUUUUAACGCUUUCAGAAAAGACCAUGGAUCCUGUGGCAGCUAUUGUCGCGUAACAUUUCUGGUUUAUUUGUUUUCGUAUAUGAGAGGGAGAGUAAUUUGACUUGAAAAUAAACAUAUAGAUAUAAAAAAUUACAUUAUUUUUGUCGGAUCUGAUAUUUAAUGUCGUUUUCUCUGCUUGUCAGGAUUUCAUUCUUGGUUUCAUGCCAAGGAAAAAAAAAUCAUUUUAAAUUAUGUCAUAAUGAAAGGUACCCGGACAAUGGAGAUUAUUGCAAAAGAUACACUGUUUAUGCCGCAGAUUUCUUAAUUAUUUUUUAUAGUUUUUGAUUUCCUUCUGUACGAGUGGAAUGAUAUUAAUUUGAAAAUCAGCCUCCAGACUGAUGCGUGUUGAUUCAGAUUUUAGAUAUAUCUAUGAGGGCAUGUGAAUGGAAAACGGAAAAUUUGACUUAAAUAAAAAUGCUUUUUGUUUUUCUA